GGGCCUGGCGCGCGGGGGGGGGCGUGGCCGGGCGCUCUCUCGCGGAGGAGCAGGAGCCGCCGCCAUUUUGGUGUCGCUGCCUCGGCUCGGAGCAGGGCCGGAGCGGCGGCCGCUCGGUCCGGGUCCCGCCCUGGCCCUGUCCGCGCUGGGCGGCCGGGAGGAUGCGGCGCGGAGGAGCCCGGCCUCGGCCUCGGCCGCGUUGUCGCUGACACGAGUAAAAGAUGCUGACUGCCAGUAGUAGAACAGAUCUGCUGCGGAACGUAUCUCUGUAAAUCUUCCCUAAAAUUACCCGAAGGCAUAUAUUCCGCCUGUGAUGGACCCUCGGAAUACUGCUAUGUUAGGCUUGGGCUCUGAUUCUGAAGGGUUUUCUGGGAAAAGCCCCUCUGUGGUAAACAUUGGCACGCUGGUGGGAAAAGGAGAAGUAGAGCUAGAAAGUUGUACCAAGGAAGAAGAAGACGGUGAGAAGAAGAAUCGGGAGGGGAGCAGUGCUGAGAAUGGGAAGAACGAGGGUCUAACUGAUGCACAGCAACAGUUUUCAGUGAAAGAAACAAACUUUUCAGAGGGAAACUUGAAAUUGAAGAUUGGUCUUCAAGCAAAGAGAACAAAAAAGCCUCCUAAGAACCUUGAGAAUUAUGUGUGCCGGCCUGCUAUAAAAACCAGCAUCAAGCAACCAAGAAGGGCACCAAAGAGUGGGAAGAUGACAGAUGAGAAGAAUGAGCAUUGUCCUUCAAAACAAGACCCUUCAAAGUCGUACAAGAAAGCUGGAGAUGUCGCAACAGUUGAAUUACAUGUGGAAGAAGGUAUACAAGUAGAAACAAAUCCUUUAUCUAAGAAAGUUUCCCCAUUGCACUCUGAAAUGACAGAUUAUAUAAAGUCAUCUCCUCCAACUCUUAUCAGUAGCCAUAAUUCUGACUUAAAGGAUAGAACACAAAUUAAUGGAGCAACAACUGUAACAGAGAAAUUGGCUCAGCUUAUUGCAACUUGUCCUCCUUCGAAGUCUUCCAAAACAAAGCAGAAGAAGCCCGGAAGUGGAACUGCAUCUGGUUUGGUUAAAGACUCUGGGAAGAAGCUACCAGGAACCAUAACUGCUAGUGGGAUAGUAAACAAAGAUUUGAUAAAGAAAUUGCCAGGAUCUGGCAUUGCUGUUGGAUUGGUUAGCAAGGACUCAGGGAAGAAGCCAUUAGGGAUUGGUAGUGCAGCCAUAUUGGUUAACAAAGACUCUGGGAAGAAGCCACAAGGGAUUGGCCCGUUAAUUGGAUUGGUGAACAAGGACUCUGGAAAGAGGCCGGCAGGGAUCAGCACUCCGACUGGGUUAGUUAACAAGGACUCUGGGAAGAAACAGCCAGUGACCAGCUCUGCGAUUGGAUUAAUCAACAAGGAUGUUGGGAGGAAAUUUCCAGGUAUCAGCACUCCAACAGGAUUGACUAAUAAGGAGUCUGUAAAGAAGGCAGUAGGGAUUAGCACUCCAGCUGGCUUGAUUAACAAGGAUGCUGGGAAGAAGUUGCUGGGAAUAAAUAGUCCUACAGGAUUGCUUAGCAAGGAUUCUGGGAGAAAGAUGCCAGGGAAUGGCAGUACGACAGUUCUCACUAGCAAAGACUCUGGAAGAAAGACACCAGGGAUUGGCAGCCCAGUGGGACCAGUUAACAAGGACUCUGGGAGGAAGAUGUCAGGAAUUAGCAGUCCAGUGGGACUGGUUAACAAGGACUCUGGAAAGAAGCCAACAGGAAUCAGCACUCCAGUGGGUUUGGUUAACAAGGACUCUGGAACUCUGAAAGCAGACACUCUUAUGCCUGCCUCAGAGCCCUUUAAGCUUCCUUGCAAUUCAAACCUUGGUAGCCUCGAAAGCCAUGAUUCUGCAGACCUACUGAAAGAAAGUACUACCAGCAAAACAUUCGAGAAGCAUAUUAUGAGGCAAAGUAAAGAAAGUAUCUUGGAAAAAUUUUCAGUUCGGAAAGAAAUUGCUGAUGUGGGCAAAGAGAUGUUUAAUGAAGGAAUCUGUGUUCCACAGGACAGUUACUCAACUAGUGAAAAAGGGAUUUAUGAAGCAUCUAAGCAUGAAAAACAGCCUCCAGUAUAUUGCACUUCACCAGACUUCAGGACAGGAGGUGCUUCAGAUGUAUCCACAGCAAAGUCCCCAUUUAGUGCAGUAGGAGAGGGAAAUCUCCCAUCACCUUCACCCACGGUGUCUGUUACAACCUUAAACAGGAACCUCUCAACAGCAUCUUCCCAGUUAGCAUCUAACACGUUGCAUUUAAGUUCCACAGCUGAUCUAUUAGAAGGCAUUUCAGAUCAGAUUGGCAAAACUCAGUUUUCGCCUGACAGUACACUUCUGAAUAUAAACAGAACAUUGAACCAUACUCUGAGCACCGAUUUUAAAGGUGCUGAUAAAGAUCUAAAUGAUUCGAAAGCUACUUAUGUAGAAACUUCAAGAACUAGUCCCUCUCUAGGGAAAAAACCUAUUUUGGCAGCUGAAACAAGCAUUCAUGCUACUGUCACCCCUUCAGUAGUUAGUUUUACAAGCUUGUUUAGUAGCAAGCAGUUCCUAAAGAUUGGUGCAAUAGCUGCAUCAGAUAAAUCUUGCCAAGGAGCAAAAAAUCCGAGCGCUAGUCAGCAAUCAAAACCUUUGAAGAAGAGAAAAGGAAGGAAACCACGAUGGACUAAAGUGGUGUCAAGAAACACGUGUCGACCUCCAAAGGGUCUGGAACUAGAAAGGUCAGAGCUUUUUAAAAACAUUUCAUACAGUACACUAUCAAGCAGUAAUUUGGAGCAGGCCAAGUUUUUGAAAAACAUAGGAUCAUCUACAUUCGUGGAGCACGAAUUUGUCAAACAUCAGUUGCCAAAACUGAAUGAGGCUAAUGGACAGUCUCUUGCACUGUUAACUGAGACUGACAAGCAGACUCAAAAGUUCUACAGCGCUCACAAACAACCUUCAAGUUUGUGUAUGUCGGAUGAUUUCUUACCUGACAUGUAUAAACCCAAAAGAGGAAGACCCAAAUCAAAGGAGAUGCCAGAGCUAGAAGGUCCUCCCAAAAGAACUCUAAAGAUUCCAGCAUCAAAAGUCUUUUCAGUGCAGUCAAAAGAAGAGCAAGAACCUCCCAUUUUGCAGCCUGAAGUAGAAAUUCCUUCCCUAAAACAGAGUUUAUCAGGACAAGCUUUUCCUAAGAAGAGAGGGAGACCUAAAAGACAGAUCAGGUCAUCGAUUAAAAUGAAGCCACCUAUUCUUUCUGUGGCACCUUUUGUUGGAACAGAGAACUCAAACAAGAUAGAGUCUGAAAGUGAUCAGCAUCGAAGUGGGGAUUUUUUUGAGAGAACGGACCAGCUCCGAGGGCCAGAAGAAGUCCAAAAACCUAAUAUUUGUAGCAUGACUGAUUUGGAAGUAGACUCAGACAGAAAAGUUGCCAAGAGAAAUAAUGGACAGUUAAUGAAAACAAUUAUUCGAAAAAUAAAUAAAAUGAAAACUUUGAAGCGAAAGAAACUUUUGAAUCAGAUUCUCUCUAGUACAGUGGAACCAAAUAACAAAGGGAAAGUGCAAUCUAAACUCCACAAUACGGUGUCAACUCUUGCUGCCACUUUUGGUUCAAAAUUAGGCCAGCAAAUAAAUGUCAGCAAGAAAGGAACAAUUUAUAUAGGAAAAAGGAGAGGAAGGAAACCUAAAGCUGUCCUGAAUGGUAUUUUAACUAGCAAUUCUGCCAGCUUGACGGUUCUUGAGAAGUCUGCCCAGCAAACUCCCGGGACAUCAUUUGGACAAGUACUUCCCCAUUUGCUGCCUUCAGCAGCUAAUAGUUCCGAGAUUCUUCCGUCUCCCGUUUGUUCUCAGUCUUCUGCCGUGAGUGGGGGACAGAGCCCUGUCAGCAGCGACGCUGGAUUUAUUGAGCCCAGCUCUGUACCGUAUUUACAUAUCCACUCCAGACAAGGAAGUGUUGUUCAGACACUUGCAAUGAAGAAAGCUGCUAAGGGAAGGAGGAGAUUGUCUCCACCUACGCUGUUGCCAAACUCUCCUUCUCACUUGAGUGAGCUGACGUCCCUGAAAGAAGCUACUCCUUCCCCAGUGAGCGAGUCUCACAGCGAUGAGACGAUACCCAGUGACAGCGGGAUAGGAACAGAUAAUAACAGUACUUCAGAUCGAGCGGAGAAGUUUUGUGGGCAAAAAAAGAAAAGGCAUUCAUUUGAUCAUGUUUCCCUUAUUACACCUGAAACUUCCACGGUUUUAAGCAAUCUCAAAGAGAAGCAUAAACACAAGUGCAAGCGCCGAAGUCACGAUUACCUUAGCUAUGACAAAAUGAAGAGGCAGAAGCGAAAAAGGAAAAAGAAGUAUCCUCAACUCCGAGGCAGGCAGGACCCAGAUUUUCUAGCUGAAUUAGAAGAAUUAAUAAGUCGGUUAAGUGAAAUUAGAAUAACCCACAGAAGUCACCAUUUUAUACCCCGAGACUUACUGCCUACCAUUUUUAGGAUAAAUUUCAAUAGUUUCUAUACUCACCCUACUUUUCCUUUAGAUCCAUUGCACUACAUUAGAAAACCUGACUUAAAGAAAAAGAGGGGCAGGCCUCCAAAAAUGCGGGAGGCUAUGGCAGAAAUGCCUUUUAUGCAUAGUCUCAGCUUUCCUCUCUCCAGUACCGGGUUCUAUCCCUCUUACGGCAUGCCUUAUUCUCCAUCUCCCCUUGCAGCUGCUCCCAUAGGUUUAGGUUAUUAUGGAAGGUACCCUCCAACCCUUUAUCCUCCUCCACCUUCCCCGUCUUUCACUACCCCACUGCCACCACCUUCCUACAUGCAUACAGGCCAUUUGCUUCUCAAUCCCACCAAAUAUCACAAGAAGAAGCAUAAACUUUUACGCCAGGAGGCUUUCCUCACAACGAGUAGGACUCCGCUCUUGUCAAUGAGCACCUACCCCAGUGUGCCACCUGAAAUGGCUUAUGGCUGGAUGCUUGAACAUAAGCAUAGACAUCGCCACAAACACAGAGAACAUCGUACUUCUGAACAGCCACAGGUUUCCAUGGACACUAUAACAGCUAAUAGCUCUUCGAGAACUGUUCUGGAGUCCUUGAAGCGCUACCGAUUUGGGAAGGAGGCUGUUGGUGAGAGGUACAAACACAAGGAGAAACACAGAUGUCAUAUGUCUUGUCCACACCUGUCACCUUCAAAGGGUUUGCUAAGCAGAGAUGAACAAUGGGUCAGGAGAGAGCCUUCGGAGACGAAUUCGUUAGCACUGGGAUUGCAGACACCGUUACAGAUAGACUGUUCGGAAAAUUCCCCAGGUCUGUCCCUGGGGGGAUUUACUCCCAGCUCGGAGCCAGCCAGCAAUGAUGAGCACACAAAUCUUUUCACAAGUGCAAUAGGCAGCUGCAGAGUCACGAACUCUACCAGCACCAAUGGACGUAAAAAAUUAACUGACAGCCCCGGACUCUUCAGUGCACAAGACACCUCGCUAAAUCGACCUCUUAGAAAGGAACCAUUGCCUUCUAUUGAAAAGGCACUGCAGCCUCUGUCAGGCACUCUGCCAACACAGGACAAACCUUCCCAGAGGCAGUCAGAGAGCACAAAUUGCAGCCCUUCCAGAAAGAGAUCAACAUCUGAGAGCACAUCUUCUACAGUGAUUGGAGUACCUACGCGGGGGACAAGGCUGGCAACUGCUGUUGAUGAUUCAGUGGACAGCUUACUGCAGCGCAUGGCACAACAUGAAGGCCAAGCUACUUUGGACAAAACCAUAGAAGCAGUCAUUGCAAAUGUAUCUGUUCCACCAUCAGCCAGUCCUGCUCGAAACCACAACAGGGAGAGGAGCCUAGGAAAACAGGACAGCCUUGUAGCUCCAGCAAUUCCAAGCAGCUCCUGCAGUGAUAGUAUCUCUCUUCUGUCAGACAGAUUACCAAACAGCUAUUCCCCACAUCAUCUGAAGAGAAGUGUGGUUGAAGCCAUGCAGCGACAAGCUAGGAAAAUGUGCAAUUAUAACAAGAUCUUGGCAACAAAAAAAAAUCUUGACCACGUCAAUAAAAUUCUGAAAGCCAAAAAGCUGCAAAGGCAGUCACGGACGGGGAAUAAUUUUGUGAAGCGCAGGCCAGGUAGGCCCCGGAAAUACCCAAUGCAGGCUGUUGUCUCAAUGCAAGCUUUCCAGGCAGCUCGACUGGUCAGUCAGGAGUUAGACAAAAGGGAAGAAAGCAGCAGUCCUUUACACCUUGGACCUGAUACCAUCACAGACGUAAUUGAAGCUGUAGUGCAAAGUGUGAACUUGAAUACAGAUCACCGAAAAGGCUGGAAGAGAAAGAGGUGGCUUGCAGAGGAACAGGCCAGGAAACGACAAAAGCCUCUACCAGAAGAAGAACAGGAGAGCACUAAGAGUUUUUCUGAGACAGCAGCUGAACCACCCAGUCCACAUGAUGCCCUUGGGAAACCGCAGGAACCUGAAAACACUGAACAGCCUUUGCCUUCUCUUGCCCAGCGUGAGAAAAAAGCCCCUCGGCCCCCAAAGAAGAAGUACCAGAAGGCAGGGCUCUACUCUGAUGUGUACAAAACAACAGAUCCGAAGAGCCGCCUCAUACAGUUAAAGAAAGAAAAGCUGGAGUACACUCCUGGAGAGCACGAGCAUGGACUGUUUCCAGCCCCUAUUCAUGUUGGGAAGUAUCUCAGACAAAAGAGAAUUGACUUCCAGCUGCCUUACGACAUCCUCUGGCAGUGGAAACACAAUCAGUUGUAUAAAAAGCCAGAUGUCCCGCUUUAUAAAAAAAUCCGUUCUAAUGUCUAUGUGGAUGUCAAACCUCUUUCUGGCUAUGAGGCCACUACCUGCAAUUGUAAGAAACCAGAUGAUGGCAACGGAAAGGGCUGUGUGGAAGACUGUCUUAACAGGAUGAUCUUUGCGGAGUGUUCACCAAACACGUGCCCUUGUGGUGAACAGUGUUGUAACCAGCGGAUACAGAGGCACGAAUGGGUGCAGUGCCUGGAAAGGUUCCGGGCUGAGGAGAAAGGAUGGGGUAUUCGUACCAAAGAACCCCUGAAAGCGGGACAGUUUAUCAUUGAAUAUCUGGGAGAAGUUGUUAGUGAGCAAGAAUUCAGGAACCGGAUGAUUGAACAGUACCAUAAUCACAGUGAUCAUUACUGCCUGAAUUUAGACAGUGGAAUGGUGAUAGAUAGUUAUCGUAUGGGCAAUGAGGCUCGUUUUAUCAACCACAGCUGUAAUCCUAACUGUGAGAUGCAGAAAUGGUCUGUUAAUGGUGUUUACCGGAUUGGAUUGUAUGCACUUAAAGACAUGCCUGCUGGUACUGAAUUGACUUAUGACUACAAUUUUCACUCAUUUAAUGUUGAAAAACAGCAACUCUGCAAGUGUGGUUUUGACAAAUGCAGAGGAAUAAUUGGAGGUAAAAGUCAACGAAUGAAUGGACUUGCAAGCAAAAGCAACCAGCCUGUGAGCACUCACAGAAGGACUGGACGGUCAAAAGAGAAAAGGAAGUCAAAGCACAAACUAAAAAAGAGAAGGGGCCACAUGCCAGAGGAACCCAGUGAAAGCGUGAACACACCAACAAGGCUGACGCCACAGCUUCAGAUGAAGCCCAUGUCUAACAGAGAAAGAAAUUUUGUGUUAAAACACCAUGUGUUUUUGGUACGAAACUGGGAAAAGAUUCGACAAAAACAAGAGGAAGUGAAGCAUGUCAGUGAUAAUAUCCAUACUGCAUCAUUAUACAACCGCUGGAAUGGAAUCUGUCGGGAUGAUGGCAACAUUAAAUCUGACGUCUUCAUGACCCAGUUUUCAGCCCUUCAGACCGCCCGCUCUGUGAGAACACGACGCUUGGCUGCAGCUGAAGAGAAUAUUGAAGUGGCUCGUGCUGCCCGCCUAGCACAGAUCUUCAAGGAAAUAUGUGAUAGCAUCAUAUCCUACAAAGGUGAAGAUUCCUCCAGGCAGGCUCUUGCAGCUCCCCUCCUCAACCUACCCCCAAAGAAAAAAAACGCAGACUAUUAUGAAAAGAUCUCUGACCCGUUGGACCUUGCCACCAUUGAGAAACAGAUCUUGACUGGCUAUUAUAAAACUGUGGAGGCUUUUGAUGGAGACAUGCUGAAGGUCUUCCGGAAUGCAGAGAAAUACUAUGGCAGAAAGUCUCCAACUGGGCGUGAUGUAUGCCGGCUACGGAAAGCGUAUUAUAAUGCUCGUCAUGAGGCAUCUGCCCAAAUUGAUGAAAUAGUGGGAGAAACAGCAAGUGAAGCUGACAGCAGUGAGACAUCUGUCUGCGAAAAAGAAAAUGGUCAUGAGAAGGACGAGGAUGUGAUCCGUUGCAUUUGUGGCCUUUACAAAGAUGAAGGACUCAUGAUCCAGUGUGAAAAGUGCAUGGUGUGGCAGCAUUGCGACUGUAUGGGUGUGAAUUCUGACGUUGAACACUACUUGUGUGAGCAGUGUGAACCUCGAUCUGUGAACAGAGAGGUUCCCAUGAUUCCUCGUCCCCAUUAUGCCCAGCCUGGCUGCGUUUACUACAUAUGCUUGUUACGGGAUGAUCUGUUGCUGCGCCAAGGUGAUUGUGUUUACCUGAUGAGAGACAGCCGUAGAACUCCAGAUGGACACCCUGUCCGGCAGUCGUAUCGGCUGCUGUCCCACAUCAACAGGGAGAAACUCGAUAUUUUCCGCAUUGAAAAACUCUGGAAAAAUGAGAAAGAGGAGCGGUUUGCAUUUGGUCAUCAUUAUUUCCGUCCACAUGAAACACAUCAUUCCCCUUCUCGAAAGUUUUAUCACAAUGAGCUGUUCCGGGUGCCAUUGUAUGAAAUUAUCCCCUUAGAGGCUGUUGUGGGAACGUGCUGUGUUCUUGACCUAUACACCUACUGCAAAGGGAGGCCAAAAGGUGUGAAGGAGCAGGAUGUAUAUAUUUGUGAUUACCGCCUUGAUAAAUCUGCUCAUCUCUUCUACAAGAUCCACCGGAAUCGUUAUCCUGUCUGCACCAAGCCCUAUGCCUUUGACCACUUCCCCAAGAAACUCACACCCAAGAGAGACUUCUCACCUCAUUAUGUACCAGACAACUACAAGAGAAAUGGAGGCCGAUCAUCCUGGAAAACAGAUCGUUCAAAAACACAGAUCAAAGACUUAAACCAAGAAGAAGAUUCUCUUCCACUUAUUGAGGAUGUAUUAGGAAACCAAGAGCAAACUUCAAGUGAGGUGCCUAGCACAGAGGAGCCAGAAAAAGAGGCAGUCUCUAGUGAGACCUGUGAAACUGAUAAAAAGGUGGAAGAAGGCAAUUCUGACACAAGGCAGCUGUGCACUCCAGAGGAAAGGCGGCAUAUUCAGAGAGAGAGACUUAAUCAAAUCCUGCUAACCCUCUUAGAGAAAAUCCCAGGGAAAAACGCUAUUGAUGUCACUUACUUGCUGGAGGAAGGAUCAGGAAGAAAACUGAGGAGGCGCACUCUCACCAUCCCAGAGAGCAGCUUCAGAAAGUGAUGCCACGAGAGGAAGUUGUGGUCUGGAGUCUGCUACAAGGUCUGCUGAGAACUGAGGGCAGGAGCCCAACUUCUUGUGCACCAGCCAAGGAAAAGAGGGCAGCAGAAAACUGACAAAUAUACAAACAGUUAGCACUUAGAUGUCUGGGUUGGCAGGUUGCCCUGCCCUGCUCUGCAGUGCUCUUAUGGUGUGUGUGUUGUUGGGCGUGCCUUGUAUUGAUGUUAGGUACUGAGAAAAACCUCGUGGUUAUUGUCCAGGAUGGUCAAAUUUAAUUUAUUUUUGCUUGAUAUUCCCACUCAGCGGAAAAAAAAAAAAAAAAGAUGGGGAGGUAAGAAGGAUGAGGACAGACUUACUCUGAUGAGAAUAUUCCCCACGUUCACCAAUUAACCUGUGAUUGUACAAGAUACUGUUGGCACCACCAUUGCCCAUGCCGGUGAAUGAAAUCCAGAUGGGAGGGUGAAGGCCCAGUGGCUUAAAAUUAAAGGCUGCCCUAAAGUUGUGGCCUCUGAUUUGCACAAGUUCCAAGAAGAGAGAAACGUACCCGAAUGUGCAAAAUGUUCACCGUGGAACGGCCAGUGCACACAUGUACCUUUGAUCUGUGACAAGGAGCAAUUUCCAAAGUCACGCUGGAGUAAAGCAAGAGUUGGUUGGUUGAGGCACUUGUACUGCAUUGUAGAGGGGGGAGGGGGCGGGGUGUGAUUUUUUUCACUUUUUUCUGCAGAGGUUUUAUAAAGCAAGUCAAAUCCUGACAACACCAUUGC